AUGUGCGGUAUCUUCUGCUGCUACAACCGCCAGGGCGACCUGGCGCAAUUCCGGCCUCGCGCCAUCGCGCUGUCCAAGCUCCAGCGACACCGUGGUCCGGAUUGGUCGGGGUGUUAUAUGGCCAAAGAUACGGUUUUGGUACAUGAGCGAUUGGCCAUCGUUGGUGUUGAUACCGGUGCUCAACCCUUGGUCAGCGACGACGAGACCACCGUCCUCGCCGUUAACGGCGAAAUCUACAACCACGUUGCGCUCAAGCAGAGCUUGGCGGGCAAGUAUGAUUUCAAGACGCACUCGGACUGCGAGGUCAUCAUGUACUUGUACAAGGAACACGGGACGGACCUCUGCAACAUGCUGGACGGCAUGUUCUCCUUCGUCCUCCUCGACACCUCCGUCACCCCUUCGCGCCUCAUCGCCGCCCGCGACCCAAUCGGCAUCACCACCCUCUACAUGGGCUUCCACUCGUCCGCGCCCGACACCCUCUUUUUCGCCUCGGAGAUGAAGUGCAUUCAGGACGAAUGCGACAACCUCAUCGCGUUCCCUCCGGGCCAUUUCUACGAUUCCAACAAGAAGGAAAUGACGCGGUACUAUAACCCGUCCUGGUUGUCGACGGAUGUCGAGGCGGUGCCUACCAACCCGGCGGACCUCGAGCUGAUCCGUACCAAGCUGGAAGAGGCGGUACGGAAGCGGCUGAUGAGUGAGGUGCCGUAUGGAGUACUUCUGUCUGGCGGGCUGGAUUCGAGUUUGAUUGCGAGUAUUGCGGCGAGGGAGACGGAUCGGAUGGCGGAGCAGCACGAGGCGCUGAGGAGGGAGAGGAAGAAGGCGAUUGACGAGGGGAGGAAGCCGGAAGGCGACGAACCCAUCGCUUCCUGGCCCUCCCUCCACUCCUUCGCCGUCGGCCUCGUCGGCUCUCCCGACCUGCUCGCCGCGCGCAAAGCCGCCGAUUUCUUGGGCACCGUCCACCACGAAUACACGUUUACCGUCCAAGAAGGUCUCGAUGCGAUCCCAGAGGUGAUUCACCACCUCGAGACGUUUGACGUGACGACGGUGCGCGCGAGCACGCCAAUGUAUUUGUUGAGUCGGAAGAUUAAGGCGAUGGGGGUCAAGAUGGUAUUGAGUGGGGAGGGGGCGGAUGAGGUUUUUGGAGGCUACCUCUACUUCCACGCCGCGCCCAACGCCGAGGACUUCCACCGGGAACUCAUCAAGCGCGUCAAGAACCUCCACACCGCCGACUGCCUCCGCGCCAACAAGUCCACCAUGGCCUGGGGCCUCGAGGCGCGCGUCCCCUUCCUCGACAAGUCCUUCCUCGAAGUCUCGAUGAACAUUGACGCCAAGCACAAGACGUACUCGAAGGGCGCGCACCAAGAGGUCGACGCGGACGGGAAACCCCGCAUGGAAAAAUAUAUCCUGCGCAAGGCGUUUGAUUGUGCGCCCGGCGGCAAGGCGUAUCUCCCCGAUAGUAUCCUCUGGCGCCAGAAGGAGCAGUUUAGCGAUGGGGUCGGGUACAGCUGGAUUGAUGGGAUGAAGGCGCAUGCGGAGGAGGUGGUGAGCGAGGAGAUGAUGCAGAAGAGGGGGGAGAGGUUCCCGUUUGAGACGCCGGAUACCAAGGAGGCGUAUUGGAUUAGAGAGCUGUUUGAGGGGCAGUUCCCGACUCAGGCGGCAGCGGGGACGGCUGUUAGGUGGAUCCCCAAACAGGAAUGGGGCGUCUCGUCCGACCCGUCCGGACGCGCUGUUAGUAUCCAUACUGCGGCGUACGAGGGAAAGUAA